AUGGCAACAGAAACUUUAGUAACUCCAGAAACUACAAAAAAUGAGGGAAAACUUGUUGAAAAUGUAGUGGAAGAUACAAUUGUUGAGGCAGAAGAGCCGAACUUUACUUUAGCGAUCAAUUUUCCACAUUUUCCUGGCAAGACAUAUGUCAUGGCAAAUGCUAGUGAACUUGUACAAGAGGUUAAGCAAUGGCUAAUUGAUUCACCAGAAACAUGCAUCUAUACUUGUUUCUCUCUGUGUUUAAAUGGUAGACGCCUCGAUGACUAUAAGGAACUUCAAGAAGAAGGCAUCACUCAAGAUUCUCGUAUUCACGUUAUCCAUGUGCGCGAUUUGCUUGCUGGACCAUUCAAACAAGUUGCAUCAUCUGUUGGAAUAGACCCAGGAUUAUCAUUUUUUACAGCAGUCACUGGCAUAAAUGUUAAAACAAAUAAUGAACAAUCCGAAGAAAAUGGCAAAUCUAAAGAAGAUAGUGAAGGUCCAAAAACACCCUUUACUGAUUAUGACUUUACAGCUCCAUCUCUAUCAAAAUUUAUCCCAGAUAACUUUGGUCGACAUAAAAUUAAGUGUGUUGAAUCAUUAUACCUUUCUGGAUGGAACCCUGUACCGUUUGAGCGUCGUCGGCGAGGUGAUCUACUUUACUUGAUUGUAUCAACUAUCGAGGGUGAAACAUUACAUAUCACAGCAGGGGUGGAUGGAUUUUUUGUGAAUAGAUCGACUAUAAAAAAUUUUGAUUUCAAUCCUCGGACAGAACUUCAAAUAUAUCAUGCACAUUCUCUCAUUACACUUCUUCAAGGGCUUUCUCCUUCAUUUCGUACUAAUUUUAAAAUCUUGCAAGACUUUAUUGGUGCUCAUCAUCCAUUCGAGACCAUACCUGUUAACACUUGUUUUCCUGCCUAUCCAUGGAUUGCUAGGCAAUCUAAACAUACUUAUGAUAUGGGUCGUGCAACUGAGAUAUAUUUGAAUUUCGGCAUGGACGCCGUUGACUCGCUUCGAGACUGGAAUGAUGAAUUUCAAUCUCAACGAGAAUACCCACGGGUUGAGUUAAGAGAUCGGGUGUUACGCGAAAGACUCAUUAAUAAGAUUCAAGCUGAUUUCACUGAAAGCGCAGUCAAGGGUGCCAUCGCUGUUAUUAAUGGCAAUGUCAUUCCUUUUAAUCCUCGUGACCCUGAAGAUGAACACAUGUACGUAUACAACAACAUUUUUUUCAGUAAAGCAUUUGACACGAGAGGUACAUUCUCAAAACUUGGUGGGAACGACGCUGCGCAUGUAGCCACCGGAAAAGACAUGGAAGGAAUACGAAUUGUGAAUUCUAUUGACAUAGAGGGGUUAUACACACUUGGUUGUGUUGUUAUAGAUUAUAAGGGUGUUCGCAUAGUUGCACAAACUAUUGUACCAGGAAUCUUCAGGCGUCAAGAUGAUUCUUCUAUUGUAUACGGUUAUUUUGACAAUGGACGUGAUGAUCCAAAAUUAUGUGCUAAUCCGGAAUUCCACGAAGUAGUGGGGAAGGCUGCAAAGGCGCUUCAUCUUGCAGAGCACAGCGUUUGUGACACAAAAGGGACAACUGUGAAACUUUACACUUCUUUAGAAACAAAGGGCUUGAUGGGUGAUGACGGACGGCGGUAUUUGUUUGAUUUAUAUCGUCUCAACCCGGUCGAUAUAGAAUUUAUAGAGAAAGAAUGUGAGCCUAAAGAAGAGAGUGAUAUCCCCCCAUAUCCUCACAGACUAGUGCUGCUUAGGCCAGAAUUGAUAGAAUCAUAUUGGGAUUAUAGAUUUCGUCUAUGGUUGCAGGAUAAGGCCAACAAAGAAAAAGAGGCUGGAGAUUCGACUAAGGAAGCUGUGAUCUCGGAAAAUGAUGAGUUUAAUUUGGCUUUUAAUCCAGAUGCGUUUACAAAUUUUAAUAUUCCGAUAGGAGAGGAGCAUGCCGCAUGCAAAGCUGCAGAUGAAGAAAAUGUGCGAAAUGCGUCAAAAUAUUUAAGAGAUACUGUUAUUCGGAUGUUGAUUAUAGAAUUUACUACUUUAGCUGUAUCUCCUGUUGACGGGAUAUCUCUUACUACAACGAUGCACCGCCGGGGAAUCAAUAUGCGGUAUUUGGGAAUGAUUGCAAAUAUUAUUAAUGAAUCUCAGGAUCACAAAUUAGAUCAUAUAAAGCAUUUGGUUAUACAUGAAAUGAUAAUUAGAGCGUCAAAGCGUAUUCUCCGUAGUCUUCUUCGCCAAAUAACGAAUACAUACAUCCCAUAUUGUAUUUCUCAUUUCUUGAAUUGCUUAUUGGGCACAGAUUUUAAUAUGAAUCCCCAGCCUUUGGUACCAGACUCCGUUAAUGAUACUAAAAAUCUUCGAUACGAUUAUCUUACCCUUACACCAUCAUCACUUUGUCGACAAAUUUGCGAAACGGUACUUAUACGUUACCGUUAUCGACUUCCCGAAGAUUUCAUUAAUGCUCACGUUCGUAAAUUACCGAUGCUUAGAGAGAUAUGUCUACGAAUUGGUGUGCAAAUUACAGUUCAAGGGUAUCAUUUUUUGAAAAAGAAAUCCAAAAAGAGAGUUACUACUUUUAUACCUGAUGAUAUAUUGAAUCUUAUUCCAACGAUCAAGCAAGCAACACCCAAAUGUGCUUUUGCCGAAGAAACUUUUGAAACUGGAAAACUUAGUAUAGCACAGGGUAGUAGAGAUCUUGGUGUGGAUCUCAUGUUACAAUCACUUGCAUUACAUGAGCAAAGUUAUGGUUUUCUACAUCCGGCAACAGCAAGGUGUUACUCAGCGUUGGCUAUGUGCUUUUACCACAAUGAGGACUUGGAAAUUGCUAUUGACUUCCAGAAAAAAGCAGUUAUUGUUCUUGAAAGAACUUGUGGUGUUGAUAGUGUGGAUGCUAUUCAUGGUUAUCUACAUCUUGGUCUUUUUGAAAAUGCUAUUGGCCACACCGAAUUAGGUCUCAAAUAUAUGCGGCAUGCUAUGUAUUAUUGGGAGAUCAUCUUUGGGGAUUUGCAUCCUGAUGGUGCUACAGCAGAUCAUAACGUCGGAAUUAUGCUUCAAAACAUGAAAGACUACGAAGGUAGCAUAAAAUUCUUUGAGCGAGCAAAGAAUACAAAUGAAUUUGUUUUUGGAAAAAAUAACGUCGUAACUGGAGAAUCGUAUCAUCUUCUUGCCAAAGCUCUUGCAUAUGCGGAGGAUUACAAAGCUGCAUUGAUUGCCGAGAAGUCAGCGUAUCACAUUUUCCAUGCUGUGUUCGGAGCCGAGCAUCCAAGAACAAGGGAAACAGAACUAUUACUUAGAGACUUGACUUCGAAUGCUGUACAUAAUGCUAAAAUGGCGUUGCAACAAAAGCAGGAUAAACCCCAGCGUAAGCCAACACCCAAUAGAACAGUUCCAAUCCAAUUAAGGACUGGACAUCAUUUAAACGAUAAUAAAAGUGCUUAUUCAUCUCAUCUUAGUGUGAUUGCUAGAAAUAUUUUUAUAAUAAUGUAA